GCUCUAUCUUUGCCAUUCUGUAUUUCGCUUCAAAUUCACGGAAAAAAGCCGGUGUUUCCUUCUUUACGUGUGUUAAAAGGCAGUGGUUAUGUGCGGGUGUUAAGGGCGGUUUGACAGGGCGGCAAAGUAAUUUUACCGGUGUCACUAUCCCGAGCUACCUUCCCUACCCUCUUUCUGACAUUCCCCAUGCUGAUCGUGUCGGGCAGAUUGUCACUGGAUUCCAUGAUUUUUCUCAUAAAUCAAGACACGUGUGAUUUGAGUUCCUUGAUAAAAUAUGACAUCAGACGGAUCGUGGAUGGGCAAAUCCCCACAGCAGCUUUAAUUGUUGCGUUCAGCUCCAUCAACCCAUUACAGAAACCGGUUCUCUGUUUAUUAAGACUUCGGGUAACGUUAGCUGCGACUGAAGUGGUCUGCUUUGGGUCUCUGUGGUAACUAGCUAGCGAACAAUAAUUUAUCCGACGCCACAUGUCUUACACAUAUUUAAUAUCAGCAGUUGAAAACGUCAAUUCAGGUGCCGACCGGCAAGUUGGGUGGCCAGUUAAUAGGGCAGUCACUGGUGUAAUGAUUCUCGUCAUAGCUGUCAAGCUCGAUAUCCAUGCUGUUAUUUAGUUUGCGUGGGCUUCUCUUGUCCAUGCCUGCAACGAGUGACAUGGUACCCCCUUGUACCACGGUACCCCCCAGUGCCUGACAAUCUCUCUGAACUAUAAAUUCGUAUGCCAGGACAUGCCUUUAAAACAUGCUGUCAUGUCAACGCUGCCAUAAAGCGUGUUUAAAAGGCGACGAAAUACUCAUUUGGCUAUGUGUGGCGAACAAUAUGUUGUAUUAAGAAAUUGAUUUAAAAAAAAAAUAACACUGAAGUAGGGCAAUAUCUUAAAUGGAUGUAUGGACUGUAGCCACACUGCUGCUGCCACUUUGCAACUUUUGUCUAUUGAUUUAGCUGAAAUUUUGAGCUAGGGUGCUAUGGUGAUUUGCAGGUGUACUGUCUAGUACCGUAAUGCUAAGCUAACGAGCCGUACCUCCCUACCCUGGAUUUUUGGGGGGCCCUUGUCAUAAGUUAGGUUAGGCCUUGCGUGAUCCACUUGGGGCUCCGUUGCUGUUGGUCAAGUGUUGAGCCAAGCAGUGUGAUCUACAGUCCCUGAACCGGGAUAGAACACACCUGAGACAGUGUGUGUGUACGCGUGCCUUCAUGAGGAUCCUGAUGAGAUGAAUAAACCUCCGCAACCUCUGACGGGACCCCCCCCUUCUGCUCCACCUCACCCCCCCGCACCCUCCCCUGGCCUCUCGCAGCCUGGCUUCAACCCUCAGCAGCCGUCUGUUGUGUUUGCCACGCCCCCUCCAAUGAACCCCGCCCAGCAGCCUCCCCGACAGUCCUACUAUCAGUCUCCGCGUCCCUCGUUGCCCAGUAAUGCUGGGCGUGUCCAGACCUCUGGCUCCGCCCCCCGGCAAAUCCCGCCCCCUCACGGGACACACCCCGCCCACGUCUACCAACCAGGCUCCCACUCCCAGGUCAUGAUGAUCCCCCAACAGCCAAUCCCCUUCGCCAACACCCAAGGCUCCGGCUACUUCAUACCUGGACCGUACCGUUCUCCUUACGUGAACCCACAGCAGUACCAGGUCACAGGAUCCCCUUCCCCCUUCUAUCCUGGAACCAGCCCAGGUGAUUACGCCGGAGCAUAUUAUUCGGCUCAGCCACAGUUUACUCCUCCUGUGCAGCCCGCCCCUGUGCUCAUGAGCCCCGCCCCUCAACCCGCCCCUGUGCUCAUGAACCCCGCCCCUCAGCCAGCCCCUGUGCUCAUGAACCCCGCCCCCCAACAACCACAGGCUCUUUCCCAGCAACAGCAACAGCAGCAAGCUCAAGCCAAACGGGAACGCAAACAGAUCAGAAUCAGAGACCCUAAUCAGGGUGGAAGAGACAUCACAGAAGAGAUCAUGUCAGGAGGCAGGUCAGCAGCCUGCACCCCCACUCCCCCACAGUCUGCCAUGUCAGUCCCAGAGGGGGUAGCCGGUUCCCAUGCCAACGGUGAGAACACUCCACCUGCCGCCGUGGCACCCAGAACAGAGUCCAAAGGGAAGUCUCCGCCCCCUCGGCAAAUGCCCCUCCCACAGGAAGUGCCCAUCCCCCCUGGGGAGGACCAACAGCCAGUAGCUCCGCCCACCCCACCCCCAACCAGCCCCAUCAGUGACACGGUGGAUGCCCCUCCCCCGGCCGUGAAGAAAGAGGCGUUGCCCCCGGCGAUGAAGAAAGAGGCGUUGCCCCCGGCGAUGAAGAAAGAGGCGUUGGUGCCACUGGAGUCUCCCAUUGUGCAGCCAGAAGAGCUGCAGUACAACGGGCUGACUGCAGGGGGCAGCGCACACAUCAGCCCCAUCGCCGAGCCUGACACUCAGAGAGAGGCCCCCAUGCCCACUGCAGAGGCCCCCGCACACACACACACACACACCCCCACCCCC